CAAAUGUUUCCUAUACAUUUAAUUCAUUUAAAUUAAAACCAUUAAAAGAAUCUAUAAGGGAUCAAUUUGAAAUAAUGUAUAAACCUCCCGGUAGAAUAUCUGCUGGAAUGUCUUGUCCUAUUACAAUUCGUUUCACUGCCUAAACAAUAGACGAUAUAGAUGAUGUUUUUCCUAUUUUAACUGAAACUGGUCCUGUAAAUAUCCCUUUAAUAUGUACAUCUAAGAAGGCAAUUUGUGAAUGUAUUAAUCCUAUAAUUGAUUUCGAGAAAGUUAUAUUUGGGGAAGAUUGUACGAAAACAUUAACUAUAAUAAAUAGAGGGGCUUUAUAAACUGAAAUAAGUAUAAAAAGUGCGAAAGGACUUGAUAUUUUGAGUAAAACAGAGGUUGCUUCUCAAAUGGUGAAUUAGGUUAAAAACGAAUAAUAAUCAGAAUAAGAAGAAAAAGUAAGAAUUGAUUAAUAAUAAGAUCUCUAUUAAUAGAAUCUGAUAUAAUCUUUAUCUUAAUUAAAAUUCUCAAAAGUAUAUAAAAUUAAAGGAUAUAGUGAAUUACAUAUACCAAUUAAAUAUUUGCCUAAUUAAAUAGGCACUUUUGAUUUACCAUUAAUGCUUUAUUUUGAAAAUUAUCUUCAUUCACCUCCUAUUAAUAUAAUCAUUAAAGGAGAAUGUAUAUAAGUACCAAUUUAUGUCGAAAAACCAAUAUAUGAUUUCGAAAUAUGCUUAUUAAAUCAUAUAUAUCGUGAAAAAAUAAUAUUUUAUAACAGAUCUUAAAAUGCUAUGAAAACCUAAAUAGUAGCCCCAAAGGAAACCAAAUAAUUUUUCUAGUUUAAUCCUUUACUUGGUUACAUUUAAGGAAAUUCGAAAUUCGAAGUAUGGGUAAAGAUGAAUGCUGAUAAGGAUUUAUUGACUUUUUGUUCCAAAUAUUUAGAUAAAUAAACAGGUUUUUUGGAUAUUCCAUUCAAAUUAAUAGGCGCAGAUCAAGUAAUGCCUGUCCCAUUUACUAUAAGAACCCGAAUGACAAUAAAUACAGUCUAAAUAACUCCAGGAAAGAUUAAUUUUGGGAAGCUUUAUGAAGGAACAGCUUCUAGAAUGGCCUUAACUUGUGAAAAUCUAAGCGAGCUUCCCCAAGAAAUCCUCUUUUACCCCCUCCCUAAGGAAAUAUCAGUUGAACUAGACUUAAUUCCUAUAAAACUACUUCCUAAAGAGAAAUUCCAGACGAAUCUAAUAUACCGAAGUACGAAAAUCCCCGGUGUAAAUUCAAGAAAAGACGAAGGGUAUCUCAAAUGUAAAAUCAUUACUGGAACAAUAGCCACUAAAGACAUUAAAAUCCCAUAUUCAUGCGAUAUACAUAAAUGUCCACUGGAAUUUUCUGCUAUGAAAAUCGAUAUUCCAGCAACUUAGGUAGAUGAGGUUUUCUAGAGUACAUUAUAAAUAAAAAAUAGUACAAAUAAAGCUAUACUUUUUGAGUUUUUUUUACCGAAAUUUGAAAUUUGUGGGUUAAAAUUAAGCCCUAUGGUUUAAAAAAUAUAAUCGGAGGAAAGUGUGGAAAUCCAUUUAGAAUUUUUCAGUUUUUUUAAAAAAUUAACUGCUUUUACAUUGGAUGAAUUAGCAUAAAAAUAUGAUAAUGAUCCAAAUUUUAAUUUCUAGUUGAGAAUGAAGAUAAAAAGGGAAUAAUAAGAAGAAGAAAGAAAAAAAAAUGAAAAUUAAAAUCAAACGGAUGAUGAAAACACGAAUAAAAAUAAUAAAAAAUAAACUAAUACUCAAAAAGAAUCCAAAAAAGAUAAUAAUAAAAAAUUAUCGAAAGCUCAGUUAUAAGCAUAAGAAGAAGAAUAGAAAAGACUAGAAGAACUAGAAAAAUAAAAAGAAGAAUAAUAAAUAUUAAAAAAAUAAUAAGUUGAAUAAAAUUUUAAUAUGGAAGAAGAAUUAGCUAAAUUAGGAGGUAAAUUACUUGAAUUUAAUAAAGAAUAACCAAAUCAUAAUUAACAAUAUACUUGGUUAAUUCCUUGUUAUUUUAAACAUACUGAUAUGCCUGACGCAUCUAAAUUUUUAACAUUUAUAGAAAUAAAUACAGUUACAGUAAAUAAAUCUCUUCUUUUAGAUAAAACAAUUAUUGAUUUUGGUGAAAUAGCUGUCGGAAUUCGUGAAAUAAAAGAACUUUUAAUAACAAAUAAUUCUGAUUAGAUUGCAGAUAUUCGCACAGAAUUAUUACCUCUUUUUAGCGGUUUUAGUGUCAUAAAUGCCUUAAGACCUAUAAAUCCUUUUAAAACUCGAAAUAUAGUUGUAUAAUUUUAACCACAUGAGGAUAAACCUUUUGAAGAAAUACUAAAAAUAAAAUGUAAAACAACUUGUGUUAGUGCCAAAUUAAUAGGUAAAGGAGUCCGUCCUGAAGUAAAAUUGAUCCCUGAAAACGGUCUUUUGAACAUUGGAGGAGUUAUCCUCGGUGAGAAAGCAGAAAAAACAUUUAAAGUUCUUAAUGUAUCUAAUUUUAGUAUUAAAUUUAAAGUCACAUCUAUAUCUCAUGGAAUAUAUAAUAAAAAUGGUUCUAAAGUAUUUUCUUUUAUUCCUUCAGAAGUUUAAAUAGAAGCACAUAAAGAAAUUGAAAUUAAGUUAAUUUUUUAACCAGACCGAAUUUCUGAAUAGUUUUUCGAAUUGGUGAGUAUAGACGUACCUAAUUAAAAAGAUGAAAAAAAACUUUUUAUUUACGGAUCUUGUUAUCCAAGAUAAUCUUAUAUAACUCACUAUAAGCCUAUUUUAUAGUUACCAUAAAGUAAUAGUCUUCCAGCAAAAAUAGAAAGUGCAUUCGAUUAGCUUAAAAUUUUAGAUGAAGAAACAAUAUUUAGUCCGAAAAAUACAAGAAUUUUAUUAGAAUUUACUAAACCAAAAAUUAAAGAAGUAAACGUUUUUUAAACAAGUAAUAAUGAUAAAUAAGAAGAAAUAGAAGGAGAAAAUAAUAACAAUAAUGAAGAUAAUAAUAAUGAAGAAACAAUGUUUUUAAGAAAACUUAUUAUAGGUAAUUCAAAAAUUUAUAGUGAUCCAAAACUUGAAAAACCUUGUAAUUAUGAAGUUAUCAUGCCUAAAGAUGACAAAAAUAAUUACUUUUUGUGUGAUAAUCCUAAAGGAACUGUAACUGCUGGAAAUGAGGCUAUUCUUUUAUUCAGAUUAAAACCACCAUAGAUGGAUAAUUUAAUUUCAAACAUAGAAGCUUUAUAGGGUUUAGGAUAAUGGAGAGAAAUUAAAGCUGAAUUAAAGCUUUCUGGAGGUUAUUUAAAUUAAGGAUAAACAGAUUUAUGGUAAUUUGAUGUUAUUUUAAGAGCAUAUAUAAAUUAGAUAUGA